AGCAGCUGACCUCCGUGACGCCGCCUCUGCGUCCACACACGGAAGAGAAACUUGUCAGCCGACAAUGAUGGAAGAAACUCGGAAAAACAGCUCGGCGGAGGACUGUGCCAUCUGCCUGGACAGAAUUAAGGAGAAGAAAACGCUCAAGUGCCUUCAUUCUUUUUGCUCCGAGUGCAUCGACACGUUGUUCCGGUCGAAACCCGCCUGUCCGAUAUGCAACACCUACCACGGGGUUUUCACGGGGACUCAGCCGGAGGGAGUGAUGCUGGUGACCCGCAGCUGGCAGAGUGUACCGGGCUUUGAGGGCUGCGGAUCUAUUAUCAUACAGUACUCUUUCCCACCAGGGAUACAAGGGCCUGAGCACCCAAACCCGGGGGUGAGGUACAGCAGGACCUCUCGUACCGCCUUCCUGCCAGCCAGUGAGGAGGGAGAGAAAGUCCUGAAGCUGCUGAGGAAAGCCUUCGACCGGAGACUCAUCUUCACCGUCGGACGAUCCGUCACCACGGGCCUCAACAACGUCAUCACCUGGAACGACAUUCACCACAAGACCAGCAUGGAAGGCGGACCACAGUGUUUUGGAUAUCCAGAUCCAGAUUACUUGUCCAGGGUUCAAGAGGAGCUUCGUCUUAAAGGAGUGACAGAAGAUGACUGACAGGUGAACACGUCCUUAACAGAUUUAAUACUGUGUAUUGUUACAGAGAUCCUUAUUUGCAGUCUGCACUUUUUGUGGAAUCUUAAUCACUGACACUUGAAUAAUUUUUUUUGUUAAGUGGCUCAAUGGCAUGAGGGAUGGAGGUGUCCCACACAUGUUUUGCCUAUUACCUGACUAUGCAAAAGCUGCUUUAAACACAGUCAGUCCUUAUUUAAACUACGAAACAAGGCUUACAGUUCAGUGCUUUUUUUAAUAAAAUGUUUUGCUGCUGACCGUUAGAUUUCACUCACAUAAUUGUUCCACAUCCCGUUGUUUAGCUGUAGCACAUUUUAGAAAAUAACUGGUAUAGAUGUUUGCAUCAACAUAGGGCUAGUUCUGUUAAUGUUGGACUCCAACUAAAGCUGACAUUGAGUGAAUACAUUUGAAGAUAUGCAUGUAUAAUAUAUAGUAUUUAUGUAUGUAUGCACACUACCGUUCAGAAGUUUGGAGUCACCCAGACAUUUUCAUGUUCUCCAUGAAAACUCACGCUUUUAUUCAUGUGCUAACAUAAAUGUACAAAAGUCUUCUAACCAUCAGUUAGCCUUUCAACACCAUUAGCUAACACAAUGUAGCAUUAGAACACAGGAGUGAUGGUUGCUGGAAAUGUUCCUCUGUACCCCAAUGGAGAUACUUCAUUAGAAAUCAGCCGUUUCCAACUAGAAUAGACAUUUACCACAUUAACAAUGUCUAGACUGUAUUAAUGAUUAAUUUAAUGUUAUCGUCACUGCAAAAAAACCAUCUUUUCUUACAACAAUAAGGACAUUUCUAAGUGACCCCAAACUUUUGAACGGUAGUGUAUGUUUAGGAAGAGAAGUGAGAAACAAUGGUGUGACAUUGUUUUAGGUCAUGUAUUAGGAUAAUUGUGGUGGUAACAGAUUUUUUUUUUUUAUUGUCAACAAAUCGCACGAAAACACAAACUAGUAACAGAGUGUCAAGUUUUGGCUGUGUAGUCAAAACCCAUACAAUAUAUAGCUUAUUCCUGUGUUUAAAACGCGUCAGUGGGUGGAGUGUUGAUUUGUUACAUUGAACAAGAUCAUUGUAGUUUGUUUUGAAAUUAACCCAAAUGAUCUUUUUUUUUUUUUAGAUUUUCUUAUUUACUGAAAAAAUGUAUUGUUACAAUUUAAAUAUAUAUAUAUAUAUAUAUAUAUAUAUAUAUAUAUAUAUCCAGUUUGGGGCUCAGACAUGCACAUAGAACAUUGUCAGAUUUUGUGUUUUCAAAAGAUUUGUUGACAGAAUAUCUUCAGUCUGAUGGCUAAUCAUAGUAUACACUCAUUUAUUUUGUGUCUUCAUAAGAUAUCUGUCAAACUUUGGAACUAAAGAAUGUGUCAAACUAAAGGAGGACCAGGAGUCCUGUGAAUUCGCUUGUCCAGCCAUUUAAUUGAGUCUAAAAAUGUCUGAUAUUGUUGCCUUUUACCCCUCUGCUCCACUAGAGGGUGAUGCUCCCCUCAGAGAAGCCUGUGUGAUGGCGUCUGCUCGGUAUGCAGCUCCAUCAUCAUCACAAACCCUCAGUCCUGCAGCACCUCCCAAACCCCAUCGCCCAAAGUCAGCGAGAGGAGCAGAGCAUCUGCUACAGAUGAUGAGUCAUGUGUUUCUAUGGUGCUCGGGGCAGUUUUAGCAGCGGCAGCAUUAGCGGCUCACAUAUGUAACAUAGGAAGGCCACAUUGUGUUUGACCACACUGACUUGAUAAUCUCUGGUUUUACUGAUGGCAGUGUAAAUACUGUCAAAGCUCAGUGGCUAUUUUUAGAUUUGGAGGAGCAGUUUAAAGAUUUAAGACCCAAGAGUUCAAGGCUCCUUUCUCAUCUGAGCUAUUGUGCAGGUUACAGAGCUGUCUGUACUCAGAUGUUAAAUGUGUAACAAGUGCCCCAGCCAUCACUAGAAAUACAGCAAACUAAAGACGUCCUGUUGUCUCAGACCUGUUUUCCUGCAGCAGUGAAGGCUUAAGCUCCGUCUCACUGACCUGCACCCAUUUCCUGUUACGACUGAACGUGCAUCAUAUCCGUCUGAUCUUUUUUCUCAGGGGCAACUGUGGAGUUAUCGGAUGAGGAAAUACCUUUAACCUAUAUUUCUGUCGUGAAGAGUGCACAUGUGACGAGGCAGACUUACCAGGUUUGGCCUCUUUAGCACUCUGGCGUUAGCGUCUGGGGGCAUUUCUGUGGCCUAGGAUCUCAGGGCAUCUGCUGCUCUCACAAAGCAGACCAGGACCCAUCUGCUCAAACUUACCACCCCCCUCCUCCUAUCUCAUGUUUCCUGCCAUAAAUAAUCACUGAAAUCCAUCCAUUUCUCAUCAUCAUCCAUCUUUCCAUCAGUUUUCUAUUAACUGUCUGUUCAUUAUGCGAGUUAUUUCCCUUUGUGCCGUGCUGUGUAAAUGGACGACUAUUUCAGCACACAUUUGCAGAUAUUGUCAUUUUCUACUAUAUGCAAAUUAGGAAAUUGUUAAAUUGUGUAGCUGAACGUGAGAAAGACAAAGAAAACAGUGAUACAGUUGUUCAAAUUGGAGAGUAAAUACAAUAAGCAUGCCCGCGACAAAAUGUACUUUCAGUUCAGUGGAUGUAACCUACAUUUGAGCAUCAAAUAUUCCAUGUGAAUUCUUCAGGAUUGUUUCCAUAAAAAAAUCAUUCUGUAGACAGUCUUCCUUCAGGCAUUAUUGUUAAAAUGCAAAUCAUAUUCUCGAUUAAACUCAAGUGAAAUUA